AUGAAAUUCGCCUUGAAGAAAAGAUCUUCAAUCGACGCAUUAGACAUGUAUUGCAAAAAGGCAAGUAAACGAACCUUAAAAUUCUUAUCCAUCGCAUUAGGUUCCAAACACAUCGAUAUAGAACAUAAAAGUGACAUACGAUCGAAUAUUAUAAACCAUUGUGAAAUCUUGGAGGCCGCUAGAAGGAAACUUAUACAGAAGAAUCAAAUAAUCAUUUCAUCAAUUCAUUUAGGUGUAAAGACUUUUACCAUAUCGAAAUUUAAGAUAGAGUUACUUGACGAAAACAAUAACAAAAACACGGAUGAUAAUAUUGAAAAGCAAUUGACAGUCAGUAAACCAAUCUUAUUGGAUUGGGAUAAACUAAAACUAGAGGAAUUGUUCUUACCCGAUAAUCGAUCGAAAAUAACGUUACAUCCAACAGAUAUGACUGAUUCCAUAUUUAAACUCUCACAAUAUUUAACAACAGAAAAGGAAAAUAGAGCUGAUUUAUUUACCAUUGGAAGACCAAAGGAUACUUAUAGAUUAUCUUCAAAGCCUAAUUCAUUCGAAAAUGUGUUGAAAAUUAAUUUAUUUGAACAGUUAUUAUACUCUACCUUGAAGAAUAAAUUAAGCUAUCUCAAUUUGAAGCAACCACAGACUAAGAAUAAUGAUGAUGCAUAUCUACCAAUCAUAUCGGAUACUAAAUUGGUAUCACAAUUUUGGUGUAAUUUAACUCCAGUGAGAAGUAUAUUGAACAAAUCAUUUGGUAAAGGUUCCGAUGAAUCCAAUUUACAAUUAAAAUCUCCCAUUUUAUUAAAUUCCAUAAAGAUGCAUUUAGUAAGAAGAAUUAUUGAAUCUGCUCUCCAAAUAGAUAAUUCAUCUAAUAAAGUAACAUUGACACCCAAUUGGGAACAUCGUCUUCGAACAUAUAUCACAGAGGAUACUUUGGGAACAUAUACAUUUUCUGAAUGUUUAGGUUUCCUUGGAAGACAAAGAGAAUGUGAUAAUCGGGAAUUAGCAAAUGUUUUCUUACAAGGUUUAAGCUGGAUGGAAUGGUUACAAACUUAUAUAGAAAUUGAAAAUAUAGUAACUAGUGAAAAGGGGAAUUAUACCGAUGAGAUUUUGAAUCAAUUUAAUGCAUAUUGUCAUUAUAAGAAAAAUAAAAUACAAGAAUUCCAAAAGGGAACAUCCCCAAGAUUAACUUCUUUAGAAAAUUACCAUGAUGAUUACGAUAACGCUCCGUACCCUAAUAAUAAUAAUAAUAGGAAUAAUGGUGAAAGAAAGAGGAAAUUUACUCCGUAUACUCAAUAUAUCACCGGUGAAGAUAAAGAUGGUUCUAUGGAAGACCCAUGGAUAGACAAAAUAAAAACGUAA